AUGGUGGAUUUCUCGAAUUUAAUUUUUGAGUUAGGUUUGAUGGACAUACAUUUAAUGGGAGGUGAAUUUACUUGGUCUAAUAACCUGACGUGGUCAAGAUUGGACAGAUUUCUCAUUUCUCCCUCAUGGAAGCUACAUGACCCAAAUUUAAGCCGGAAAAGGCUCCCGAGGAUAUGCUCUGAUCACUUUCCUGUAAUGUUAGAUUGUGGUGGUAUUCAAGGGGGCAAUCUGAGCAACAUAUUGGCCUACAAGCUGAAAGCAUUGAAGAAGAAUUUGAAUAUAUGGAAUGAACAGAUAUUUGGAGAUGUAACGUCACAGAAGAAGAGCUUAUUUCAAGAAUUACAAAGCUUGGAGGGUGUAGGGGAUGAGAACAACCGAAAAGAUCAAGUAGUUUCUGAACUUGAACGAUUGACCCUUAUGGAGGAGAUCUCAUGGAGGCAAAAGUCAAGGGCUUUGUGGCUUUGGGAGGGGGAUAAAUGCACAAAAUUUUUUCACCAAGUCGCGAAUGCACAUAGGCGGUUUUAUUCCAUUGAGUCCAUGAACAUAGAUGGUGGUGCUUCCUCCGAUCAAGUUGUGAUAAAGGAGCACGUGGCUGGCCAUUUUGAACAUUUGUAG